UCCGCUGCGUGGCCUAACCAUCAAAUCCCACUAGAUGGCUGCAACAGACUCGUCGAUUUAGGAUCUGAUGUUCGCCUCGAAUUGCAUUGAUUCCAGCCAUUCGCAGCCCUUCCCCCACCUUUACCGCCGCGGCACCACCAGAACCGAGCCAGACCGCUUUUCCUUUGGAGCUUUUGGCUUUCAGACGACGCUGCGAGGGUGGAGAUGCUGAGAAGACCACCCCGAGGCCACUUGUAGCCGGCGCGACGACCAACUGGCCCUGACGAGCAGCCGGUCGGAUUUCUCCUCCCUACGCACUAGGUGUUCGACAAAAAUCCUCAAAGAUGGGUUCGUUCAUAUCCUUCCCGUGGGAUGAUUCCUCUCUAAAGAAGAAUAUGAGAUGGACAAAGACGAGGACUUUGCUCUGAUUACGAUGAUGUACAUGCAUAAGAACAAGAGAGGCAUGGUGGUUCUGUUGUCGGCAGAGAGGCGAUUCGUAGGUUGAGGAAAGAUGGGCACAAUAGACUGGUGCUCAACUAUUUCAAUCCCAAUCUGAUGUAUCCAGAGCGAUACUUUUGUUGUCGGUUUAGGAUGUUUUUGAAUUUAUUCCUUCACAUUACCAACUACGUGAAGUAGCAUGAUCGGUUAUUUGAGCAGAGGAGAAAUUGCUCUGGAGAUCUUGGACGUGCCACUAUCCAAAAGGUGAUAGCGGCAUUAUGCAUGAUGACAUAGGGUGUUCAAACAGUUUUCUUUGAUGAUAACUUGGCAAUGGGAGAGGACUUUAAUCUUUUGUAUGAAGAAAUUUGCAAAUGUGGUGAUUGAAGUGUUUGAGCCGGAGUAUUUGAGAGAACCCAAUGCUCAGGACAUUCAACAACUUCUGAAGAUGAACAAAGCAAGUGAGUUUUCAGGAGGCAUAGAGAAGAGGGAUCAUGGACUUUCAGAGCACUCAGGGCAAUUAUUGUUUCCAUGAAAAUGUUCUGCUGCACGGAGAUGGAUCAAAUGGAGCUGGAAACCCAGCCGAUGUCAUGUCUAGGGUGGACCUCGAAAUUCAAUUUGGCUCUGAGAAGUUACUGAAUUUAGAGAUGCUGGUGAUGGAGGUAGCUGACCGAGCAAAUGAUAUUGAACCUCUCAUGCUGGACCCUGGGUCACUUUCGACUGAGUCGCUCGAGAAUGCUUUCGAAUUUGACCUAUUGUACGGGAUUCUAGAUGCAGAAGUCAGGGAGUUGGAGAGGUUAAUCAGUUAUAUUCAAAUCGAUAUUGGAAACAUCGAAAAGAAGCUUAACGGGGAAGAGUCAGAGGGCUGGUUGAAGGGUAAGCUACAUGCUGCCAUGGACUCCUUGAAGCAGAUGCAGGAGGUGAUAGCCACAAUUAGAAGAGAGUUUGCAAACUUUGAAAAAGCCCUAGACCCUUCCCACCGUAAAGCUGGAAAUAGUGAAGGUGGUGCAUAUGAAAAUGGACACGUUUCAUCUCACACAACUAUCCAGGCUGAGGGCCAAAGGAAUGUUCUUCAGAUGUUAGAACAGUCGAUAGCAAAUGAAUUAGAUCUUGAAAAGAAGCUAAGUGAUUUGGGGGUUCUCGUGGAAGAGCUGAAAAUGAAGCUGCAUCAUGUUGAACACGGGUCGUAUUUCUUGGAGGAAUCGGUUGAAGCGAUUUCUGAAAGAAUGUUUGCAGCAGAAAAUGCUUCCGAGUUGUUUCUUGUAACGUCAAAGGAACUUGUUAACAGAAUUAAUACCAUGCAGUACCAACUAAGUGCAUCAGGUUGUAGGGAAAGUGAUCUUAAAGCAAAGCUAGAGCAAAGCUUGGUGCAGUUAAAUGCUUUGAAUGGCUCACUGGAGAUGAUGCAAAAUGGCGGUGAGGAGAAUGCCAGCCAGGAUUCCAUGCAGAGGCAAAGGCUGUCGACCCCUGAGUUCUUCGCUUUACAGCAUAAGGUUCAGAAACUGGAGGAGUGGCUGAGGGAAUCUUGCUCCCAAUUGCAGUUCGUAACAGUAUCGACAGAAGGAAAUGAAAAAGAGCAGAAUAUGUCACCAUCUGAGAUAAGCAGAUUUAGGAAUAUAAUCAAUGAUAUUAAAGAUGCUGUUUCCAAAGCAGAAAGUAGAACACAAAAGGCCGAAGCAAGGUGUGCAGAGCUCACUCACACUAAUGUACAACUUAAUGGGGAGCUAAAUCAUAUGAAGACUCGGGGGUCAGAUAAGGCAGGCUUAUUGGAAAUGGAUCUUAUGGAGACAGAAGCUCAGUUAGAGCAUACAGUGGCAUCAGUUGAGGCUAUUAGUGAACAUCAGAGCAUGUUAAAGUCUUCAAUCUCUGAUAUGCAACAUGUGAUUGAAGAUCUGAAGGAUAAGUAUUUGAAAGCUGAAACCAGGGCUGAGAAUGCUGAAUCAAAAUGUACAUUGUUGACAGAUACCAAGUUCGAGCUUAGUGAAGAGAUAUCAUUUCUGAGAGGUCGAGUUGGAGGUCUAGAGAACUCGUUACGCCAAGCUAACCAACUAAAGCUGUCCACUGCAAAAGAUAUUGGUAUUAAAACUAAGACCAUCACUGACUUGGUUGCGAAACUUGCAUUGGAAAGAGAACGCCUUCAUCUGCAGAUUGUCACGCUAACAAGGAAGAACAGGAUGUUGACUCAAAAAUGCAAAGAGAAUGUCAAUGAAGGCACCUUGUUAAGCAAAAAGGUUACUGCUAAUGAAGGUGAACUCAGGCCGACUGGUGUAAUAGAGGAAGUACUUCUGGAUUCUUCAUCAAUGCAGACAAAGGUGAAGGCUGACGCUCUUAUUGGAGAGAAGGAAGCUGGGAUUACUGCUGUGCUUGAUGAUGAAUCUUGCACUCUUGAGACCGUGCGUUCUAUUGAGCCAACACUCCUGAACUGGAAGUACAUUUUCGUGGCAUUCCUUUUCUUGUUGGCUGCCGCUCUUGUGCACCUACAACUAACGUACCCUGUAUUACCAGGUAGUAUGUAAUAGGUCCCGUCUUGUAAUGAUGCAGAAAUGGCCAUCCUAUUUCUGUCCCGCAUUUGUCGUACGGGUAGCCAAUCUUAGUAGUAGCCACCGUCUCAAGUGCUGAUCCCGCCGUUACACGAAUUAUGCAGCAAGCUUUCCGAUCUUUAUCUGGAGGGGAAGGCAUACUGUCUGACUACAGAGUUGAAUCUGCGCAUCUAAUCUUUAGCACUACGGUUUCUUGAUCUUUGAAUUCUAAACCGAUUCAUAUAUGGAUACCUCUUCUGAUUUUAUGUGAAAAGUUUUCUUGCUCU